UGUACCACAGUAGGUUGGGUGAAACCCAUGAAAUUCGACAACUAUGGAAGGUUUGCAUGCCUGUCUUAAACUCGUCGUUUGCGCAGACCUAAGACAUCGACGCGUGGGUCUGCGCGUAGGAAAAUUCAAACCACAAAUCAGCCUUUAGUGAAAUUACUGUAUACAAAAUACUGUGCUAUAUCUGUCAAUUCUGUGAAUAUUGUUCACGAGAGAUAAUUUUACAAAUUUGUUCAAAAUAAAUCCAAGAUUAUGAAGCCCUUGACAGAAUUACUCAAAUAUGUUCCUAAGCAUAAUCCAGUUUUAGCGCAGGAUAUUGAAAGGUUGAAAACAUUCAUUUUUAAUUCAAAAAAAAUUCUUAUUCUUACUGGCGCUGGCAUAUCAACAGAAUCAGGGAUUCCAGACUAUCGAUCUGAGGAAGUAGGAUUAUAUGCUAGAACAAACCACAAACCCAUCCAACAUUUACAAUUUAUCAAAUAUCCAGAAGUGCAACAGAGGUACUGGGCCAGAAAUUAUGUAGGAUGGAAUACUUUUUCUCAACGUCAACCUAAUGCUGUUCACUUCUCAAUACGUAACUUAGAACUUGAUCACAAUAAAGUAUCUACUGUAGUUACCCAAAAUGUGGACAACCUUCAUUUCAAAGCUGGUAGCCAGCAAGUAAUAGAAUUACAUGGUACAGCUUUCAGGGUCAUCUGUUUGGAAUGUGAAGCUACAUACAGUCGUUAUUAUAUUCAAGAAAAGAUUCGGGAGUUGAAUCCAUGCAUGUCAGAAAUUUCUACAAUGAUUAGACCUGAUGGUGACGUUGAAAUACCUCAGGAAGAAAUUGAUGAGUUCAAAGCUCCAUUAUGUGAGUCAUGUGGAGGAGUGUUGAAGCCUGACAUAACAUUUUUUGGUGAUAAUGUACCCAAGGCACGUGUACAAUCUGUGAGAAAUGCUGUAUCGGAAAGUGACUCAGUGCUAGUUCUAGGUUCUAGCCUGUCGGUAUUUUCUGGUUAUAGGAUAAUACUGCAAGCUGUGGAAGAGAAUAAAAACAUAGGUUUGAUUAAUAUCGGUCCUACCAGAGCUGACGGACUAGUGAACUUGAAAAUAUCUGCUAAAUGUGGUGACAUUUUACCAAAAAUUUGUUGACCAGUGAUGUGUUUCCAUUAUGAAGCUGUAGGAAUGAUAUGAUUUCAAUAGACUCUAGCUAGAGAAUGCAA